AUGGAGGAGACUGCGGCCCCCGGUCGUGCUGCAUCUGGGGACUGGAGUUUAAAGCUGCAGGCUCUGAAGGCACGCAUGAAGAAGGCUGGUGCUGCUGUUGCUGCUGCUUCUGCUGCUGCUGACGUUGCUGCUGCUGACGGUUCCUUCUCCUCUCCUGGGGCCCCCGUAUCUGCUUCUGCUGCUGCUGCUGUCACCAUCUCAUCACCACCUGCUGCUGCUUCUGCUGCUGCUGCUGCUGGGGGGCUUGCGCGAGACGGACGCCUCAAGCCACCGCCGCUACAGAGGAGACAGCUGCAGCAGCAGCAGCAGCAGCAGCUGCCGCAGCAGCAGCAGCAGCAGCAACGCCCCACCCAAACCAAAAAGAUACCAACCACUGCACAGGGGCGUCUGCUGCAGCAGCUGCAGCAAGCCUUGCAGCAGCCGCCUCCGCCUCCACUGCCGCAACAGCAACAGCAGCAGCAACAGCAGCAGCAGCACCAGCAGCAGCAACAGCAGCAGCAGCAGCAGCAGCGGGCAGUACCCCCACGAAUAGCUUCUACACCAGCAGGACGGGCAUCGUCUCCCGCAUUUGAAUCGAUUGCUGCUGCUGCUGCUGGUGCUGCUGUGCCAGUUGCUGCUUCAUCUACUGCUGCUGCUGCUUCCCCCAGCUUUGCUGCAGCACCAGCAGCAGCAUCAGCAGCAGCAGCAGCAGCACCAGCAGCACCGGUGUCUCAGUCUUUUGCUGCUGCUGGCAGCCGAGACUUCGACGCCCCCAUGUCUUUUGAAGAGCUGAUGCGCAGGAAGAGGGAAAAGGAGCAGCAGCAGCAGCAGCAACAGCAGCAGCAGCAGCAGCAGCAACAGCAGCAACAGCAGCAGCAGCAGCCACAACAUAGAGAACCAGGGACUGCGCCUCAACGGCUCUCAGACCCCACAACCGCAGCAACGCCUCCAGCAGCAGCAACAGCAGCAACAGCAGCAGCAGCACCAACAAGCUUUCCCCCGAGACGACAGCAGCAGCAGCAGCAGCAGCAGCAGCAACCGCAGCAGCAGCAGCUCCAACUGCAGCCUGAAGCACAGCCACCAAAGCCACCGCAGCAGCAGCAGCAGCCACAGCAGCAGCAGCAGCCCUUCACGACAAAAGCCUCAGGGCAGCAGCAGCGAAGCGUUUCCCCUGCUGCAGCAGCAGCAGCAGCAGGAACAGCAGCAAUGCCUACUGCAACAGCCACAAGGAGCGCACAGCCGAAGCAGCCCAUGCAGCAGCAGCAGCAGCAGCAGCAGCAGCCGCAGCAGCUGCAGCAGCAACCGCAGCAGCCGCAGCGAGUCCCCGUACAGCAGCAGUGGCGGCAGCAGCAAACACCGCAGGUUCCGCUCCCCCCACCAGCGCAGCAGCAGCAACUGCAGCAGCAACAGCAACAGCAGCAACAACGACAGCAACAGCCGCCGCUGCCGCCGCCACAGCAGCAGCAGCAGCAGCAGCAGCAGCAGAAAGCUGCUCUGGCAGCACCGGCUGCAGCACUCCCUGCUCAGACGCCGCCAGCGCCCCUCCGCAUGCAGCAGCAGCAACUGCAGCAGCAACAACGGCAGCAGCAACUGCAGCAGCAACAACGGCAACAGCAGCUGCAGCAGCAGCAGCAACAACAGCUGCAGCAGCAGCAGCAGCAGCUGCAGCAGCAACGACAGCUCCCGGUGCAGCCAGCAGCAGCUGCUGUUUCUCCAGGUCAACAAACCCCCAAGCCGAAGGCAGCAGCUGUGCGGGCUGUUCCCAAAGCAGCAGCAGCAGCAGCAGCAGCAGCAGCAGCAGCAGCAGUUCCAGUAGUAGCACCAGCAGCUAAAGCAGCAGCUGCUGCUCCAGCAGCAGCAGCAGCAGUGGCCCGUGCAGCGCCUGCAGCACCUGCUGCAGCAGCAGCUGCGCGUGUAGCACCUGCAGCAGCACCUGCUGCAGCAGCUGCAGCGCCUGCUGCAGCAGCAACUGCAGCAGCAGCAACCCGUGCUGCUCCUGCAGUAGCAGCAGGAGCAGCAGCACCAGUAGCCCGCAGACCACACAUGCCGAAAGCAGCAGCAGCAGCAGCAGCAGCACUUGCUGCUGUUCCCGUUUCUCAUUCUGCGCCUGCAGCAGCACCGCCUGCUCCCCCAGCAGCAGCAGCACGGCUCCAUCUGCAGCAGCAGCUGCAUCAACAACAGCAGCAGCUGCAGCAGCAACAACAGCAACUGCAGCAGCAGCAACAGCAACAGAAGCAGCAACAACUGCAGCAGCAGCAACUGCAACAGCAGCAGCUGCAGCAGCAGCAACUGCAGCAGCAGCAGCAGCAGCAACUGCAGCAGCAGCAGCAGAUGCAGAUGAAGAAGCCGACGCCUCGGAGUACUGCAGCAGCCUCUUCUUUCCCUCCUGCGGCUGCACCUGGACUCGGCGCACAAGCAGCAGCACCAGCAGCAGCAGCAGCAGCAGCAGCAACAGCUCCGCAGCAGCAGCAGCAGCAGCAGCAGCUUGCGCGGACUGCUCAAUCGCAGCAGCCUAAGGUGCAGCAGCAGCAGCAGAGACCAGCACCGGCUGUUGUGCCACCAGCGAAGCAGCAGCAACCAGCUGCAAAAGCUGCACCCAGACUCCCCCAGCAGCAGCAGCAGCAGCAGCAGCAGCAGGCGCGAGCUCCUGCUGGUGCUACGCUGCAGCAGCAGAAGCAGCGGACUGCUUCUCAGCCGCAGCAAAAUGUCCCCUUGGUCAAACCACAGCAGCAGCCGCAGCAGCAGCAACAGCAACAGCAGCAGCAACAACAGCAGCAGCAGCAGCGCGCUGCUGCUGUGCCUGGGGGCCCUCGACAGCCACAGCAGCAGCAGCAGCAGCAGCAGCGGCAGCAGCAGCAGCAGGGCGCAGCAGUUAGGGCCGCUGCGUCAAAGCCUCUGCAAGGCAUUCGCUCCUCCAUCCAGGAUACGGAGCAGCAGAAACUCGGCGAGGCCCUGGCUUCUUGCUGCUCCGCCUUCGCCCCCCUGAGGGGCCCCCUCUGGCCCUGGGGUUGCGGGUCCAUGGAGGCCCUCGUGAAGCAGCUGCAGCAGGUGACAGCAGCAGCAGAUUCUCGUGUUGCUGUUGCUGCUGCUGCUGCUGCUGCUACGGUGGAGGCAGCAGUUGCAGGUGCUGAGCAGCAGGAAGACCCCGUCACGCCCCUUCUGCAACGUAGAACGAGACAGCAGCAGCAGCAGCAACAGCAGCAGCAGCAGCAGCAACAGCAGCAGCAACAGCAACAGCAGCAGAAGCGGCAGCAAGCCUCUGCAUUCGCUCCGCUGCUGCCGCUGCUGCGAGUUGCAGCAGCAAAAGCAGCAGCUAUUGCUCGUGACCAGCUGUCGUUUGUUGAGAUAUAUGGAGCAGCAGCAGCAGAAGCAGAAACAGCAGCAGCAGCAGCAGGAGCGACACCAACAGCAACAGCAGCAGCAGCAGAAGCAGCUCUUGCUGCAGCAGCAGCAGAAGCACAUGCCCCCACACCGCAGCAGCUGCUGCAGCUGUCUACUGAGGAGCUCGUGCAGAGGCUUGAGGCUUUCGCGCUGCAGCAGCAGCAGCAGCUCAAAACCCUAGAUAUGCAGUUUGCUGCUGCAGUAGGCAAGAGGCUUAUAGGCCCUGAUGCUGCUGCAGCACCAACUCCAGUAACAGCAGCAGCAGCAACAGCAGCAGCAACAGCAGCAGCAACAGCAGCACCAGCACCAGCAACGCCGCAGCAACCGCUAGCAAAAAAACCCAAAAUAGUCCCCACGCUUGCAGCUGUGCCUCCUGCGGGGGCCUAA